AGUGGAGUCCGGCAGCCGCAUUAAACUGAAAGCGUUACAGGAACGAGGGCGUUUAUCAGAGCGCCGAGGGACGAGCAGCAGACAGACAGACAGGCAGGCAGGCAGGCAGGCAGGCAGGCAGACAGACAGACAGACAGACAGACAGGUACAGACGACUUAACUAACACCCCGCCAGGCUGUGGUCAGACAUCGGUCAGACAGUUAAUUAGACAGUUAAUUAGGCACCAGAGGGGUUAAAUGUCAGCCGUGCUUUCCUGACAGUGACGUCCAUUCCCGAACGUCAUUUGACUGGAGGUUUCCCACAAUGUCGGCCUGCGGGAUCCCAGAGGAAGUGCUGAGGGAUGAGGAUCUGAUAAAAAGGCUGGAGGAAGUGGCCAAAGACGCUGCGCUGAUGCGUGGAGUCUUAAUGCGGACCAAAGACAGACCGAACUCUCCCGAGGUAGUGAGCUAUGCACCGUUCAGCCUCUUCCCCUCCCCAGUGCCCAGAACUCUCUUCCACCAGGCCCUUGAAGUCCAAACCCACUUUAACCGGCUGGUGGACAGAAUCAGCCAGAAUCCAGUCUUCCUGGAGGAGGCUCUCGCCAGCACCAUCAAAGUCGAUGACUUCACAGCAAAACUCUUCGAGGUUUACAGAGCAGUACGACAGGAACCACAGACUCUGCCCGUAGUGCUCGGCCUGAACCGCUCGGAUUACAUGCUGGACCAGAGCGCUGGCGGAAAAGCGUCCCUAAAGCAGAUUGAAAUCAACACCAUCGCCGCCAGUUUUGGGGGUCUUUCCUCACGCACACCGGAUGUCCAUCGGCACGUCCUCAGGGUCGCUAACCGGGUGAAGGAAAGCCAGCAGAUCUUAGACAACAACCCAGCAGCAGGUCUGGCCAGAGGACUGGCAAAGGCUUGGGAGCUUUACGGUUCAGAGAGGGCAGUCGUGAUGUUUCUCGUUGAGGAUGUUCAGAGGAACAUAUACGACCAGCGAUACGUGGAGAACGAGCUGUGGGUGAGAGACAUUCCUGUGAUCAGAAGACAGUUUGAGGAUGUCUGGAGAGGUGGAUCGUUGGACCAUGACAAGAGGCUGUUUGUGGAUGGACAGGAAGUUGCCAUUGUUUACUUCCGUAAUGGAUACAUGCCUCAAAACUACAAGUCAGAGAAGAGUUGGGAGGCUCGGCUGAUGAUCGAGCGCUCACGCGCUGUCAAGUGUCCGGACAUCAGCACUCACCUCGCUGGCACAAAGAAGGUCCAGCAGGAGUUGGCGCGGCCGGGGGUCCUGGAGCGCUUCUUUCCCGACGAGCCGGAAACGGUGGCCCAGAUCCGCGCCACUUUCGCUGGCUUGUACACGCUGGACAUGGGGGAGGAUGGAGACAGGACAGUAGCCAUGGCUUUAUCAAACCCAGACCAGUAUGUGCUGAAGCCCCAGAGAGAAGGAGGCGGGAACAACAUUUACGGGGAGGAGAUCUGCCGAGUGCUGGAGAGCAUGAAGAACAGCACGGAGAGGACCGCCUACAUCCUGAUGGACAAAGUUCAGCCCCGCCCGGGUCAUAACUACCUGCUCCGACCGGACGCUCCUCUGAGGCUGUGCACGUGCCUGAGUGAGCUGGGUGUUUUUGGAGCCUACGUUAGGAAGGGAGCGGAGAUGGUGAUGAACGAGUGUGUGGGCCACCUGCUCAGGACCAAAAGCUCUGAACACGCUGAUGGAGGCGUGGCUGCAGGAGUGGCAGUGCUGGACAAUCCUCUUCUGGUUUAAGCCACGUCGCCCUCUGUGGACCAAGACAGGAACUGCACACCACAAAACAGAUUAGGGGUUCCAUUUCAAGCAGAACUUCGUUGCUUCAUUGCUCCGUCAACACUGCGGUCUCGGUAGGAGACAUGAUGCUGGAUCCAGUAGUGAUUAAUACAUGCUCACUUUAACAGGAAGCCCCUGAACUGAACUACUGAAGCCACAAGUGUACUUGUUUACCUCAUUUAGCACCGCUGUGCUGAAACUAGUACUUCAUCGUGGAUUUUAAUAGGACGGUUUAUUGUAGAGACUUUUGUGCUUUUUAAUUCGAGGCUGUUGACUUAGACUUACAAAUCCCUGUGAGCCGACUGAGAAAACUAAUAUCUUUCAGUGUAUCUGAAAUCUGUCUGUUUGGAAUUGGGCUUAAAGGAGAAUCCCACAGAUUUCUAUAUAAUUACAUGGUUAAAAUGCAACAAAUUCAGUCAGAGUGGUUUGAUGUGAAACGUGCUGUUCUGGAGAAACUGAGUCAGAAUCGCUUGUAGUGUUGGUGAUGGGAACCAGACAUCUAAAGCGGUUAAUGCCUCUGAAAGAUCCCUCAAUCCCCACUGCCCGAUGCCCGGGCUGUUACUUUACCACGGCUUUGAGAGGAGAUAUCGGCUUAAACCUCGGUGGAGAGAUACAUGCACAUAAUAUUAACUUUCAUAAUAUUAACAGAAUGGUAAGCGAUUAAUAAUUUGGUUUACACUUGCCAACUUCACCUGGUUACUUGCUUUUUUACAUUUGAAAGCUGCGUAAUCUUUUAGAGUGUAGGGCAAAGUAGUCACUAGCGAAGUCAUUCAUCACUACCAUUAAUAUUGCACACAAAUACUCGUGUAGGUUCUCUGGUGGGUCUGGAUAGUAAAUAAAACGGCUAUAUCUGUGUUGUAGUCAUGGCGACGCCUGGUUCCCAUCACCACCACUGUAAAGAAAAUCUGAGCCUUUAAGUUAAUG